AUGAAUGACGAAGCUAUAGCAUAUACAACAUUUGCACAAUCAGUACCAUUAAAUGUUUUUAAUGUACAAGGAGUUCGAGAACGUUCAGAAUUAAUACAUCAAAAAAUAAAUGAAAAACUAUUAAAGACAUUCAAAGGAACAGAAGAAGAAAAAUUAAUUAAAAUCAGCAGUGGCGAUAGCAUACCAAUAACAAUUUAUAGACCAACAACAAAUGUUGAUAAAAGUAAAAUGGUUGUUUAUUUUCAUGGUGGUGGAUGGACAAUAGCUUCUCGAAAAACACAUCAGACCAUUGUGAAUACUUUAGCUGAUACUACAAAUACUACCUGGUUUUCAGUAGAAUAUCGUCUUGCACCUGAACAUAAAUUUCCAGUAUGGUUAGAUGAUUGUUGUGAAGUAACAAAACAUAUUAUUGACAAUAAAGAAUUAUAUGGAGGCGAUUCAAACACAAAAAUUGGAGUAUGUGGUGAUAGUGCUGGUGGAAUGAUAGCUGCAAGUGUUUGUCAUUCGGUGAAAAACAUUGAUUUUCAAAUUUUGGUUUAUCCUGCAACGGAUAUGCGCGGUAUUAAUAAUGCAGCUUUAGCUAGUUAUAAAGAAUUUACAGAACCCUAUCAUAUUCUUACACCAGAAAUUUUAAAAUGGUACGGCAAUGCAUUACGAGAUGAAAAAGAUAUUGUUAAUCCUCGUGCAUCUGUUUUAUUACAAACAUCAUUUACAAAUGUUCCACCUUGUUUGUUUAUUGUAGCUGAAUUAGAUCCAAUUAGAGAUGACAGUUAUGAAUAUCAAAAAGUAUUGGAAAAAAAUGGUAUAAAAACAAAACUUCUUCUCAUUAAGGGUGCAAUACAUUCAUUCUUUAGUUUACCAGAUAAAAAACAAACUGACAUGAGUGACGAUAUAGUUUUGUUCAAUAUUAGUGGUGAGCAUUUUAGUAUUAAUCGGCUUAAACUAGUUGAUCAGAGUGACUAUUUCAGAACACUACUGAACAUUAAUGUAGGUAUUGAAAAGGACAAGCAAGAUGCUAUUACUCUUCGAGAACAAGAUCCCAAAUUUUUCAGUUUACUAAUGCAAUAUUUGAACGGUGAUCAGUCGUUGACGAUGUCUGAUCUUGAUAAAAUAGUAGAAGAAGACGAUUUUUAUUUAAUCGAUUCAAUUCACCAUUUGAAAACAAUCGAUAGUUCUCGUAAACGAGAGAUAGCUGGACUAAAUGAAAGAGUUCAAACACUCAAGUACGAUCUUCGUCGCUGUAAAAUACAACCGGGUACUAUGGUAAACAUUAAAUCUUGUGAUGCACGUCCUGAAAUUGGAGAUAGAGUAAAGGAAAAUAAAGAUUCAUCCUGCCGCAAAUGGUGUCAAAAUCAGGAUGACAGAGACGUCAAACGUGGAAUAAUAAUUGGAUUCUCGGAUGGUGAUACCGAAAUAGAUAUUGAAUGGGAUGACGGAACAAAAGAUAUCGGUUUUCAAUGUGGAAAAAAAGGCAAUUGGCAUUUGCAAUAUGACUAA